AGUGGCGCGGGCGGGGCGCGAGCGCUGCGGCCGUGGCUCUCAUGAAGACGAUUACUUAAGUAAUAGUAUAGCGAUCGGCCUCACAUUAGAAGAAGGUACGGCGGUGCGUGUUGUGGUCGCCAGAGGUUUAUUCGCGUUGCCACGCAACACGAGUGGUGUAGUGUUUCGUGCGGACGCUGCAGAGGGCGGGGAACACCCCCAUAGAAACUUUUUAACCCCAGUGUAGCACCCUGAGGUAUCCCACCGGACUGGUGAUCCGCUCAGGAUGCGAGGACGCGAUCUACUAUGCACGGGCGCCCUGCUCAUUGCACUUGUGGCUACAGGUGUAUUAGCUGCUCAAGUGCCUGAGAAUCCAUCUCUGAGCAAGGGGCGUGCCGGGCGGUUCCAGCGCAAGGUGCUGGUCUCCUCGAGGCGAGUGUCUAGCACCGCUGCCCCCGACCUCACGCCUAGUCCGUCCCCUCCCGUCCCCUCCGCUGACCCCGUCCCCGCUGAUCUAGUCCCCACUGAAAAAUCUCCCUCCCCUGCCCCUGACCUCACCCCUGCUCCCAGCUCUCCGCCUACCUCUGAGCAGCCAUCAACUUCCGCUCCCUCAUCUGAGACCAAACAACCAGCUGCCCCCGCAGCCACCGCCAAAAAGGGGGCUGACAGCUCAAGGGCGACCCGCAGCGCAGCCAUCGCAGAACAGGAUCGCUGGAUCCGCUUCGUAAAAGAUUAUGUGAGUGGUGCUGACAUGGGUAUUAAUAUUCCUGACUGGAGCAAGACACCACUCAAAGUAGAACUACCAGUUGUUGGACAGAAAGGUGGUCGCAGCUCCAAAGUACCAGUGUUCGUGCUGCCAGUGCCUGUGCCCAUAUCAGUCGAUCAGUGCCCUGCAGACGGAGACAGAAGAAAUGAUCGACCGCAUUCACCGAAUGAUGAGCCUCGCCAAAGGUAUCCCGAGCCCCCGCGACUUAACUUGCGGCGGCCAAUCAAAUAUGAUGAGUCUCGCAAACCGACCGGCUUCGAAAAACCGAGACGGCCUCCGGCUGAAGACAAUCCCCGUGACCCUAGUUACCUUGCGCCUUAUGAGGAACCUUCUCGUCGUCCCAGUUACGAAGAGCAACCGCGCCGUCCCAGUUACGAAGACCCACCGCGCCGUCCUAGUUACGAAGAGCCACCACGCCGUCCCAGUUACGAAGAUCCACCACGCCGACCCAGUUACGAUGAACCACCACGGCGUCCCAGUUCUGAAGAAUCACCACGCCGUCCCAAUUACGAAGAGCCACCACGCCGGCCCAGUUACGAAGAGCCACCACGCCGUCCCAGUUACGAAGAGCCACCACGCCGUCCCAGUUAUGAUGAACCACCACGCCGACCCAGUUACGAUGAACCACCACGCCGUCCCAAUUACGAAGAGCCACCACGCCGACCCAGUUACGAAGAACCUCGGCCAGCCCCGUUGGAUGAGUCACCCCGCGAACCCUUUCGCGAUGACUACGACCGGCGCCCGGUGCAUCCACUCCGACCGAGCCCAUUUAUCAAACCGGACAGGGAGCCCUAUUCCCGAAACCCUCCUACCAUGCGUGCAGGUGCUCCCGUGAGUUCGGACGUGCUGUUGAAUUUGUUCCGCAAGCAGCAGCCGCGUGCGCCUCACCUGCCGCCCGUGCUGACCCGCCACCGGCGCCACACGGAGCCCCCCCCACCGCUGCUCCCCCUCAAGCCCGGACAGAUCGCCCUCUUCGCCGAGCCCCCUCGCCCGCGCUUCGACCGCCCCUUGGUAGUGCGCGGCGAACUCACGGUCCACCGCGCCGACUAUACAGAACCCUACAUCGCUUGGUGGGACCCCGUCACUGGCAAUUCUCGUGUCGACUUCCACGAUGGUGCCACCCGGACGUACCGCACGGUACAAGGAGGUAGAGUUCAGAGGAUUGCCAUGAGCUACGACCGCACCGGGGAGAAGGACGUUCGCCGGUGUUCCACGAUGCAGAGCUCGCAGAUACCGCUCGAUCUUAUGCCGCCCGUUCUACCUCAGAUGGAGCUCUUCUCAUUCCACAGUCUCCUGCAGAUGGGAGACACUCCGACGGAACGGUGGAAGCACACAGUGACAUCCAGUGGGCCAAACGGGGAGCAGAUCACACACAACCACGACAUGUUGCUGACGCGUCUCAGCAAUGCCACCGCCGUACCUCUACUUUACGAGGUGUCGGUGGAUAGUUCCGUGUUGGGCAAGGACUGCGACCGGUACCUGCACCGCUACCUCUUGGUCCAGGAGUUUCUGCCCGACGCAAACAGAUUCAAUGUUGAUAUCAAUAGCGAAUGUGACACAACAGGGGAGACCUGGGAUAUGGCGGCGGUGGACCCGAUGCGCGAGUUUACUCUGCCGCAACAAGACCCCAAAUACGACGAGCUGUUCGAAAAAUACACCGUCGAGUACGAGCGGAAGUACGUGGACCACGUGGAAGCGGCCAUCCGCAAGAAUCUCCUGACGCAGACGAGCCGGUUCGUGUCAGCGGGCAACCGGGAGGGCGCCUCGUUCGAGAUGGGGUUGAACUUCCUGUCGGACCGGCUGCAGGCUGAGGUGGAGGUGCUGCUGGGCGUGACCGAGGACGCCGAGCACACGCCCUCCGAGAGCUUCCCGCACCCGCGACGAGAGCUGCGGGACCUGGCCGACAGCCUGCCUGACCAGUUCGACUGGAGGGAGGAAGGGGGCGUCUCAGCCGUUAAACAUCAGGACUCAUGCUCGUCGUGCUGGGCGUUCGCGGUGACGGGCGCGGUGGAGGGCGCGCUGUUCCGGCGCACGCGCCGCCUCGUGCCGCUCAGCACGCAAUGCCUCGUCGACUGCGCCAAACCGUACGGUGGCAACGGAUGUAAGCCAACUUGGCCGAGUCACGCGUACGACUACGUGCAGGACCGCGGUCUACCCGCAGAGAAGGAGUACAUACCGUAUCUAGGAAAGGUGCUGGAGUGCCAGGACAAGAUCGUGAAGCCCGUAACGCAGAUCAGCGCGCACGUCAACGUCACGCAGCACAGCGUGCCUGCCCUCAAGAUUGCGAUCCGAGAACACGCGCCUUCGGUAGUCAUUAUCGACUCUACUACGAUAAGCUUCCGUUCAUACAAGACUGGAAUAUUCUACGAUGACCGAUGCGCUAAAAAUAAGGCUAAGCACGCGGUACUGGCGGUCGGGUGGGGCGAGGAGCGCAAGGAGCCGCACUUCAUCCUGAAGAACUCGUGGUCGGCCUCGUGGGGCGAGGGCGGCUACGUGCGCAUGCACGGGCCCUCCAACACGUGCGGCGUGCUGUCGCGACCCUCCUACCCGCGCCUCGAGGGCGCCGACGUGCUGCGCGACCUCGACCGCCUCGCCGCGCCCGCGUCCUCACCCGCCGGCGCCGGCGCCGCCUCCGGUAGGAGCGCAGCCGGCCGGAGCUCAGCCGGCAAGAGCUCAGCCGGCCGGGGCUCAGCCGGCAAAACGGCUGACGACGACGAUUACUAUUAAAAAUGAAAUUCUAACGAACACUACGAAAGGCUCGUUUUAAUUAAAUUAAAUAAUGUUAAUAUAGUCAUCGAAAAAAUCUAAGCGACAUUUCUACGGUAAUGAUAUUUAUACCAUACUAUUAUUUAAACACAAUCGAAAAGUUGCUAUUUAUAAAAUUAGCCACUUAUGUUCCGAAAACAGAAAAUAUUAUAUACUUACCGAUUAACUGUGCCAAGAAAAAAAAUCAAGAACAUCGUUCUGAAAAUGUUGCGUGUCGCUUAGACAUUAUUGAUAUGUGUACUUUGCUGUUGUUAUUGGCUUGUAUUGUAAAUAAAGGAUUUUUUAAAAAGACUCAAAAGAUAAGUAUACACAAAACAAAAAAGCACGAUCGAGAUAAGAAAUGUAAAAUUCUAUUCUUUUUCGAAAUAUUUUAAAAUCAGUGGUAUCUUAUAAUAGUUAAAUGAAAAAGCAAAGGAAAACUUGAUAAUGUGAGCACGACUGAUGUGUCAAGCAACUUGCACGAGAAAUUGUCACGCUGGGCUUCGUCAUUAUAUUAUAUCAUCAUUAAUAUUAGAUGCGAUGGAGUGAUGAGUGAUUUCCUCGGGGCAAACAAACAAUUGAUGUCUGUUUUAGCAAUUAAAAUGAACUUUUAUGUAAUUAGUUAGCUGUUUAAAAUCUGUUGAAUGAAAUAUUGAUAGGAUAAGCUGAAAGUUGCCAUUUAUAUAAUUUAAGAUUUUAUAUAAAAAAUGUUGAAUUUUA